GCAGAUUAGAAUAUCUUCCGGGGUAACUGCAGACUGCAAGAGGGGAAGCAGUAACUAGUAGACUACUACACAGGCAGAGAUUUCUCAGAAAGGAGGAGGUAGCGGUUAGAAAAUUCCGAGUUAUCGAAUAGCUUCAGGACUCCCCGGGAAUUCUUUGGUACCGCGAGACACGUGUGUAGCAUACCGGGGGCUUAGAGCAUCACUUACUGACGGAUACGUACCGCAGAAUCAUGGCUUACUAUCAACAGCAGCAGCCACAGCAGCAGCCACAGCGACCCCCUGGGGGUGGCAUGGCCGACCAGGCGUUUCUGUGGAAUGUUUUUCAGCGUGUGGACAGAGACAGAAGUGGCAUUAUAUCUGACACAGAACUUCAGCAAGCAUUGUCAAAUGGUACAUGGACACCAUUCAACCCUGCUACUGUCAGUGCUAUCAUAUCAAUGUUUGACAGGGAACACAAAGGAGGGGUAAACUUCAGUGAGUUUUCUGGCGUGUGGAAAUACAUUACAGACUGGCAGACUAUAUUCCGCACAUUCGACACAGACAAUUCUGGAACGAUCGACAAAAAUGAACUAAAGCAAGCUCUAACAGGUUUUGGUUAUCGCCUGUCCGAGCAAUUCUAUGAUGUCCUCAUAAGAAAAUUUGACAGACAGAGAAGAGGUCAAGUUGCGUUUGAUGACUUUAUUCAGUGCUGCAUAGUAUUGCAGAGACUGACUGAUGUUUUCAGACGUUACGACACAGACCAGGAUGGAUGGGUCCAAUUAUCUUAUGAACAGUAUCUUUCCAUGGUCUUCGCUGUAGUAUGAUGAUGUCACAAAUGUUGACCAGUGCUAGUGGGGAAAAAAAAGCCUGGAUAUGCCAAAAACCCUCCUUUUUUUUGUUUUCUUCAUUUACUGGACUUUUGACACCAUUCUGGUACCAGUUUCUCCAGCUUCAUUUUUGUAUAGUCCAUAUUCACCAAUGUCUAAAUUGUUUGUUAAGAAAAGCGUAUUGAUAAGUGUAAUCCAGCCAUAUUACAAUUCAUAGGGGUAAUGUUAGUAUUAACAUGUUUUCUUUUUCUUAAUGUGCCAGAAAAAAAAGUUAAACAAUUUUUUUACAAAUAUUUUGCACGGCCUAAAAUGAAAAGUGUAAUUAUAUUGUGCCAUACAAUAGCUGCAUUUGCUUGUUUUUUGGCAAAACACGUUACAUAUUAGUAAGGCACACUUGUUCAGUGCAUGAUGCCUUAGAAUUUGCACACAUUAUAACUAAAGUGUAGUUAUCAUGCAUUUUCUUACUGUAAAUAUUGUACAGUAGAAGCAAUUUAAAUAAUACUCUUUCAAACUACAUGAGGUGGUUAUAGUAGAAACCAGUUCAAAUGUCUCAUUUUAUGCAAUUAAAGGGGAAUAGAUAAUAAAAUAAAGAUGUGUCAAUAAUUGUGCAGGUUUAUAAAAAGCUUUUGUAAAGGUAACAGGGUUUUGUUUGAGUCAACUUUAUAUGAAUUCCCUGUAAAGGCAAAUGCAUUGUGUGUGUAAUGUUUCUGUCUGUCAGCCAUAUACCUGUUACUAAGACUACCUCUUGUUUGGCUGCCAGCAUGAAAAUCUGGGAAAGUUUUUAUAGAGGAAGCAGAUUUACAGAGUUGAAAACGGAUUUUAGCACAAAAUAGAGAAAAUUUUAGAAAAAGGUAGGGAAGUGAGCUAUGCACAAAAAAUGGUGGCUAAACCAAUUUGAAACACCUAAAAAGAAAUUAAGAUGAAUUGAAGACUGGCAAAUAUGAAGGGGGAGGAAUUAUCAACUGACUUCAUACAUUGUCGGUUUAGGGCAAACAAGCAUGCAGUUCUUAGCAUAUAGGGUUAUGUAGCCAACCAGAUAAGUGUUGGCUUUUGUACUAGGAAUUUAGUUUAAAUUUUAUAUUAUGUCUUCCAACAUAAAAACAUGAAAUCUUAUGGCAAACUGUUCAUUUUAACAUCUGAAACUCUUAAGGGACAUAAUACUCAUAUGGUAAAUCACUUGAAACUAUUGCAGUAAAACUGUAAAAAGCUGACAGGAGAAUAUCACCUGAGCAUCUCUAUGUAAAAAAGGAAGAUAUUUUACCUCACAACUUCCUCAGCUCAGCAGAGCAAGUUCUGUGUAAAAAGUUAUACUCAGCUGCUGCCCAGCUGCAGGUAAAAAAAAAAGAAGAAAUGAACAGCAGCCAAUCAGCAUAAACAGUGCUGAGGUCAUGAACUCUUUUACUGUGAUCUCAUGAGAUUUGACUUAACUCUCAUGAGAUUUCAUAGUAAACUUCCUUAAACUGAAUAGGGAAAUAAGAUGAGUGUGCACGAAAGCUCACUCCCUUAGCUGUCCCAGGACAGACAUACUGAUUUGCUGCUUAGAAGUCCUUUACAAUGGGAUGUGGCUACUGAGGAAUUUUUGAGGUAAAAUAUCUUUUUCUUUUUUAUAUAGAGAUGUUCAGGUGAUAUUUUCUAGUCCGCUUUUUACAGCUAUGCUGCAUCACUUUCAAGUUUUUCAACAUUUGGGUAUCAUGGCUCUUUAAUGCAUUAAUCAUAGAAGGAGAUUGUGUUUUCUAUAGGAGCAAUAAACACACAAUGGUCUUAUAUGGAAUAUUACUGUUUCUUGGACUCAAUAUACACAACUGGUAUCCAUAUGGAACACUAUUAUCCAAACACAGAACUGCAUGCUACACUGUUAGUGUAUGUAGCAUAAUAUGCCAUCUUGCUGACAAUAACAUGGUUUUAUUUCAUAUAUAUAUACUUAAAUCAUGUGUUUUAGAGUGGCUUAUUAUCUAACUGACAAACUGUCUGGUGAGAUUGAUUUAUACAUUUAAAAAUGCUCCUCUCCAUCACGUAGCAUCUCCAUAUAUCCUUUGUUCACUAUGCCAAACUGUAAGAAAUCUGUUCAACUUUUAGCUUGAUUCAGUUGUUCCUGGAGACGAUGGAAGACUUUAAGAAUUACUUUGGAGUGAUAUUGUAGUUGGGAGGACAUUUUUGCUGGAUAAUUCAUUCAAUGCUUAGUCACUAUAAGAGAAUGUCUUAAUCUUUAAUUGUGUCUAAUUCCGCUUCCUCCGCCUGUAAUAUGUUUUUCUUUUGUGUAUCCUGCAGAUAAAUUCCUGUAUAGUGAGUAAAACUGCUGUUAGAUUAACAUGAUUCUUCAUCAACUGGCUAACUAUGCAAUGUGCAAUUUAUUUAAACCACAAAUGGCCAACAGUGCUACAUAAGGUCCUCUGCACUAUUUUUUGUGGCCCAAGUAGAAACAGAGAACGAACAACAUGUCCAAUAGUUAUUGUGGCACCAGGAGAAAGGAGAACUAAAUGUUUAGAUGGGAGACCAACAGUUAGAGGGUACCCUGCAACCCUGCCUGUAUCUGUCCCACUAGACAUUUUUAGAAGAUAUAUUACUUCUUUAAUAGCCAUAAAUUGUUACACAGCCUUUAAAUAUUUUAGAAAAAUGAUAUUCAGCCCCUAUGUGUUAGGAAAUUUGUCAUCUCUCAUUUAAACUUUUUUUUUUUUGCUUAACCUCUAUUGAACCCAUUUUAAUGUGUCCUUAAUUUCCCAGGACCUACAAGUGCAUGUGCACACUGGUGUGUGGUGUCUGUAUUUCUCACAAAGCUCAGAGCUUUUAAAUGGGCUUUCAGUCACCUACACAGUGCAUUCAGCACUCAUUCUCUAUAUGCUCUAAAUUUUACUAGAAAAGCUUCUUUUGCAUGCCCUAGGUGCCAAUCAUAGAAAUACAUUUAGUUAGAAGCAUUUUUUUUAUGUAGUAUGUUGCAUUUUUUUUAAAGAGCAUCAUGCUGGUGCCAAAUAACCAUUUUUAUGUUCAUUUAAAGCAUUAGUUCAAUCCUCAUUUGUCGUUACUAAUGGGCUUUCAGGAAUUGUAAGUACCAAAACAAAUACUUAGAAUUUUUGUUGUUAUAUAACGUGACUAAGUAGAACAGUGGUCCAUUUAAAAAAAAAAAUAAUUAAAUAGUUCUUCAAAGAGAAAUGUUUUCAUUUGUGUGUUAUACUAUGCUUUUGAUUUCUUAAAGGGACAUGAAAUGCAACAUUUUACUUUUAUGUUUCAGAUAGUACAUGCAAUUUUAAACAACCUUCCAAUUUACUUUAUUAUUAUUAUUUUAUCCAUUUUGCUUUGUUUUCUUGGUAUCCUUUAUUAAAGUAGCAGUAAUGCACUAUUGUGCACUAGCUGAACACAUUGGUAAACCGACAAGAGGCAUAUAUGUGCAGCCGCCAAUCAGCAGCUAGUUCCCAGCUCCUGACCCUACCUAGGUAUCAUUUCCAACAAAGGAUAAAAAAGUAAAUAAAGCAAAUUAGAUUAUAGAAGUAAAUUGGAAAGUUGUUUAAGAUUGUAUGUUUUAUCUGAAUCAUGAAAGAGAAUUUUAUUUUGGCUUUCAUAUUCCUUUAAAAUGUAAUGUUUUCAAGCCUUAGUAGAUCCACAUGAUAGCAUAACACAUGCAUGCAGUUUUCUCUAUAGAAUUAUUUGAAUCUAUGAGCACAUUAUAUUUUAACUUUUUCAUGAAAGAUGUUGGUUCACCAUUGCCUACCAUUCAACAAGCAAGAGAGCAAUUUUUCUUGGUUGGCAAUUCGUACUACGGAAAUUAAUCAAGGAACAAAAAGAUAUUUACAAAUUUCCCUGUCAAAGUUUAUAGGUCAUAAACUUAGCACUAGUUCUUACUUUUUAUGAAUUAAGUUUACCUUCCUGUGUUGUUUGUUUGAAUGUCGUAAGAUGUGCAUUUAUGAAUGCAGUUGAGGAUAGAAACAUUGUUUUCAAAUAAACUUACUUUGUCUUAAUAUGUACAUUACUCUGGACUCAAACUGUGAUAUUUUAACACCAAAAAAAUAUUACUACGUUGUCAUCGUACUAAGAGCAAAAUAGUAAAUAAAUAAUUGUUAAUAAGAA